AUGAAUGAUGAAAUUCCUAGUAACAUAAUCAAAUUUAUUUCAUAUGAUUUAAUAUACUGGAAAAACUUUUUUUUAAAAAAAGAAGAAAAUGAAAUUAAUGCAGUUGAAAUAAAUUCAACUGAUAGUUUACAAUUAAAAAAUGUAAAAAUAAAUAAUAAGAUAUAUGAUGGUAUAAUAAAGUUAGAUUCAUAUAAAUGCCCCUAUUUUUCUAAUAAUUUUUCCAUAUAUAAAGAAGGAAAAAAAUAUAUGGGAGAUUUUAAAAAAAGAAAAUUAACAGGUUAUGGAGAAAUUUUAUCAAAAAGUUCUCAUUAUAAAGGCUAUAUAAAUAAUGGGAAAAAAUAUAAAAAAGGAAAAUACAUUUUUAAUAAUAAAUUAAUGUACAAUGGAUACUGGAAAAAUAAUAAGAGAAAUGGAUAUGGAGUUUUAAAGUUUCUUAAUGAAGAAAAAAAAUUAAUAUAUAAAGGUUACUGGAAGAAUAACAAAAGAAAUUUUUAUGGAAUUCAAUAUUACAACAAUAAUUCUAUAUAUAUUGGGUUCUGGGAAGAAAAUAAUAAAUGUGGAUUUGGAAAAAUGAUUUGGUUUGUUAAUUUGAAAAAGGAUAAAAAUAAAUAUGUAAGCAUAUAUGAAAAUAUAAAAAAAAAUGAAAUACUAAAGGAGAAAAAAGAUGUAAAUUUUAAUAUAAAAUACAAAAAGGCAAAUAUUGUUGAAAAUAUAUAUGUUGGUGAAUGGAUGAAUGAUAAGCAACAUGGUUUGGGUACCUAUAUUUGGUUUAGAAAAAAAAGAAGUAAAAACAAAGUAGUUUUUCAAAAUGAAAAUUAUGAUAAAUAUUCAGGUUACUGGAAAGAAGGGAAAAAAAAUGGAUAUGGGAUUUUUUACUAUAAUAAUGGAAAUAAAUAUAUAGGAAUGUGGGAAAAUAAUAAAAAAAAUGGUUAUGGAUAUUUAUUAAAAGAAAAUGGUAUAUUAUAUAAGUGCUUAUAUAGGAAUAAUGAAUUGAUAUCAGAGAAAGAACUAAAUCCAACAUAUAAAAUAAAUUAUAUAUAUACCAAUUCAUUAUGUAAUGUCAUUGACUUAUUUUUUUUUAAAAGAAUAUAUAAUAUAACAAAUAAAAAUAUUGAAUUUUUUUAUAAAAUAAUAUAUAAAAAUUUUCAAUUUUUAGUAGAAAUUUAUAGUUCUUAUAAAAAGGGAAAAGAGAAAAAACAAAAAAAAGGUAUAUUCCAUAGUUUCAAAUUACGUGAUUUGAGGAAAAUGCUCUACAUAUCAAAAAUAAUUAAUACUGAUUUUACUUUGAAUUCUUUAAAUAAUUUAAUAAUUGAUUAUUCAUUUCUCAUUGAAGAAAAUGAAUUGGUUAAUUUAUUAGAUAUUAAUAGAAAUUUCGAAUUUUCUUUUAAUGAAAAAGAUAUAAUAGAAUUUUUUUUUGAAUUAAAUGAUUGUUUAAAUGUAUUUUCUCAAGAAAAUAUAUUAAAUAAAAAAAAUUCUUUUACUUAUAAAACUAAUGAAAAAAAAGAAAAUCAAGAAAAUGUAAAUUUAUUUACUUACAAUAGUGAUAAUCAUAAUAAAAAUUUUAAUUCUAUUAAUACUAAUAAUGAUGAAAAUACUAAUAAUAGCAAUAUUCAUAAUAUUUUAGCUGAUGAAAAAUUAGUUAUUCAUGAUGAAAAUAAUUUAAAUAAAAAUUCUAAUUAUUUAGAACAAGAAAACUGGAAUAAUUUAAAAUAUAUUUUUAAUCAUAUUAAAAAUAUUAUUUUCAAUAGUGAUUUAUUACUUCUAAAAGAUUGUACUAAUUUUUAUAAGUAUCACUACAGGCAUUGUUGUCAUCAAAACGAAAAUAAUUUUAUUUUAAAAAAAACAUUUUUUUUUCUGUUAAAAAAUAAAAGAAAAAAUAAUAAACAUUACUUAUAUUAUGUUUUAGUAAGCGUAUUUCAAUGUGUUCCUUUAUUGCAUCAGUUAUUUAAUAUAGCUAAGAGGUAUAACUAUUCUCAUUCAACUGAUAUUAAUAAUUUAAAUUUUUUUUUUAACAAUCAAUUUAGUAAUAAAGAGAAAAUUGGAUUAAAAAAAAAUUAUAUUCACAGUAAAAGAAAUAAUUUAAAAAAAAAUAUUCAUCUUUCAAACUUUUUUGAAAUAUUAAAAAAUAGAAGUUGUGUUACAUAUUUGAAAAAAUUAAUUAUAUUUAUUAUUUUAAAUAGAUGUUAUAUACAUAAUGAAAACAGAAAAAUAAAUUUUAAUUGUUUUAUAUUAACAUUAGUUCAUAUAUCUAUACGUUUUAAUACUUUAAAUAAUGUAAAUAAAACCUUGUCUAACUUGAUAAACUCAUUAAAAAGUUCACAAAAAGGUGAGUUAUAUAAUAAUAAUUAUCCUUUAAGAAAAAAAAAGAAAAAAAUUAAGAGAAAUAAAAACUAUUUUAAUAACAUAUCAAAUAAAUAUAAGAAAAUAUUUGACUCAAAUAUUAAUGCUGAAGAAUAUGUAGGAGAUUUAAAAAAUAAUAAAAAUAAGAUUUAUGAAAAAAAAACAAGUAAAAUAAAAUAUGAUAAACAUAAUUUUAAAGGAAAAAGUAAAAAAAGUCAAGAAACUUGUAGAGUUUGUUCUAUAUGCCAUGAUAUAUUAAAUAAAAAUUGCAAAAAAAAAAAUUGUAAGUUUUGUUUAAAAAGCAAAUUUAAUUUUUUAUAUGAUAAAAAAUGUGAUAAAGAAUUAAUAAACAUAUUGAAAAAUUUUAUUUAUUAUUUUAUGUUUUACUUUUUAAUAUUUGAAUCAAAAGAAAAGAAGAUUUCUAUUUUUAGUAUGAAGUUAAAUAUAUCAAUGAGAUUAGGAGAUAUAUUAUCGUUUUUGAUUAAAUUGAAGCUAUUAAAAAGAAAUAGACAUAAAAAUAAUGUAGAAUGUAUUAAUUUAACUCAUUUUUUAUCUAAUAAAAAAAAAAAAAAAAAAUUUAUUAUGUUAAAUGAGAUAGAUCAUAAAGAAUUUUUAUCAGAAUGCAAAAUGGAGAAUAGUAAUAGCAAAACAUACAGUCAAAAAAUUUAUUCAAAUAAAGACAAUAUAAAAAAUAUCAAAGAAAAAAACAAUUCCAAGUAUAAAAGUAUAAAAAAGGAUAAUAACAAAUUAAUAAAUGAUAGAAAUACAAAAAUGCUUUUCCAUGAUAAUAUUAUUAAGAAUAAAAAUAAUGAAUAUGAAAAAUGGAAAAGUAAAAAUAAAAAACCAAAAAAUGAUAAUAGUAAAAUUAAUAAAAGUAAAGUUAAUAAAAAUAACUUUAACAAAAAUGAAAAUAAUAAAAAUGAAUAUAAUGAAAGUGAAACUAAUAAUAUAAACCAAAAUGAAAAAAACAAAAAAAUAAUUUAUAAAAAGAAUUCAGUAAAAAAUCAAAGUUUUAACAAAUUUUCAAAGAUAUUCUACUUGUCUUUUUUUGAGAUAUUGUCAAUUUUUUCAAACAUACUGAAUUCAAGGAAUUUACAUUUAGUAAAUGAGUCAUGUGUUGAUUUGUAUUUAUAUAGGCUAAAAAAAAAAAUAAUAAAACAUAAAAUAAAUAAAUAUCGUUUAAAAAAUAAUAUAAUACAUUAUUUUAUGAUAUUAAAAAUAAACAGGGAGAAAAAUUUAUUAAAAUAUUCCAAUAAGACAAAAUAUAAAGUAUGUAAUAUGGCAUCAAAUAAUAAAAGAAUUAAUAAAAAGCAUAUAUAUAUAAAUCAUAAAAGAAAAAAUGAAAUAAAUAUAAAUACAACGGAUAAAAAAGGGAACUCAUUAGGACAAUUAAAUUGGGAACCUGUUUCUAAAAAUAAAAAUAUAUUGAAUAUUUUAGAUUUCUCUAAUUCUGAAAAUAUAAAAGGUAGAAAUGAUACUGAAAAAAAUCUAAAAUAUAUAGAAAAAAAAACUUCUCUAAUGAAAAAUGAACAAACUCCUAAAAAUGCAUAUAUUAAAAGAAAGAAUGAAAUUAAAAAAAAGUUGUAUUAUUUCAGAAAAAAUAUAUUUUCUCAUAAAAAUUAUAUCAGCAUAUUAUAUUACUUUAAUAUUUAUAUCACACCCUAUGAACUUUUCUUAUUUUUUUUAAAAUUUGUUAAAAUUAUAAAAAAAAAAAAUAAAAUUAAAAUUUCUUUCAAUGAUAUGCUUUAUUUUUUUAUAUUCUACAAUUUAUUGUAUAAAUCAUCUAUCUUAGCAAACAAAAAUGUAAAAUAUUAA